UAUCUGGAAGGCACAGGGAUUUGAAAUAUAGCGCACUGGAGCGGUUUUAUUUAAAGACAGUGUAGAAGCUAUUACGGAAAACGAAUAUCAAAUGACUAUAAAGUGCCACAGCUAAGUUUAUUUGAAAUACAUUUCGAUGACGGAUUGUAUUAGUAGUACCGCUUUAUUCCUGGUUAGAACAUUGUACUGUACAUAAACAUGCAGGCUGCUUAGCUAAGUAUAACGUUGUCAUUCUGUUUGGUUAUUGACAUUAAUGGUUAUUUUUCGUACUACUUUCAGAAAAACGCUCAGUUUCUAAGAGGAGAUAUACGUGCCCGUGAGCUUUGGUCUCAAUGGACCUGGAAAGUGUGCUGAAGCGCUUUGACGGUCGCUCCCGGCUGCUCCUGCAGGCGCUUUCACUGGGCUUUUGCGGAGCCCGGCGGGCGAUGCAGGUGUACCGGCGCCAGCGGAGCUCUGACACAGAGGGGCUACACACUUGGAUGGAAUCGCUGGUCAAAGACGAAGCUUAUUUGGAUGGAAACUGCUUGGCAGUGAAGCCGCUGGUGUGCCUGUUUCCUGUUCUCUUCCAGCGCAAUCUCCUGUCCUUCCUCCUCCUCACCCACACUGUGCUGCCUAGACCAUGCCUGCUGCGAUUGCUACACUGCCUCAGCCAGGAGCCCAGCGCUGACCCCUGGGUUCAGGCGCUGCUCAGCCACCUCCGCCGGGUCCUGCAGUUGGAGGACCCCCAUGCGGCCAUGUCCAUCCACCUCUCCUCCGAGUGCCAGGAGGGGCUGACUCUGCUGUGUAAGAGGCUGGCAGGGGGUAGCUCUGGGGACACCAGCGGGGCAGCUGCAGAGCAGUGGCCUGCAUGGUUCAGGGGGAAGGAGGUGAGACAGCCCCCAAGCGCUGGGAUGGAGACCCUGCACCCAGAGAAUCAGAAAAAGAGAAAGAGUGAGAGUGCAGGGCUGAGUCAAGGGGGCUCGGAUUGCGAAGAGAGUGGCAGCCAGAGCAAGAAGCUGAGGCUAGUCUGCCCAGAGGCACAGGAGGCUUGUGAACAGCCAAGAGGGCACAGCUCAGAGGAUGGCUCGGCUCUGACUGAGAAGCCUGGUUUGGGUGAAGCUUUCGUGCCACACGAUGCAGAACCAGGUCGUGCAGGCGCUGCUGUGGAGCCGGCCCGCGGUCCUGACUCCACAGGCCCAGAGGAUGCCAGUGCUGUGGUGCUGCCCAGCCACCUCCGGGCUUUUGUUCCAAGCAUUAAAGAGCUGUUGGAAAUUGAGACAGAAAGGUGUGAGCUGGACUCCCCUACUGCCCUGCAGGUGCUGAACGACUGUAAUCCAGGGGAGGUGGAGCUGCUUUGCAGAGAACUGCAUUUGUCAGAGGUGCCUGAGCAAGUCCUGCCUCAGUUCUGUACCCGCCUGCUGGAGCUGUCCCCGGACCUCAGCUACAGCACCGCUGCCACCCUGGCCAGGCACUUGUUCCUCAGCAGGAUCCUGUCCUUAUCAGAGCCCGCCUCACGCUUUCUCGUGACCGCAGUGACAUCCUUCUGCAGCCGCUAUCCCCGGCCUUCCUGCUGUGCUCUGAUUGGCCCGCUCCUACAGGCAGAGCAGGCUGGAAGUGCUCAGAUGGAGCUGUUGUGCAGACUGCUAGAAGACAGCCUGGAGCAGCAGUAUCAAGUCCUGGUCUUUGAGCAAACACUCACUGUGCCCUGGAGUGAAGAUGUGCUCUUGGUCAUCCAUGCCUUACUGGAAACCAAGAUGGAGCUGAGUGGAGAGAUGUUUGACCGAUUCAUUGAGAAGCUGAAUCAGCAGGCUGCCCUCUUCAGCAAGUCCAUGAAAUUUGCCAAGAUGAUGCUGGCUUUCCUGACAAAGUACCAGAGCCAUGUAGCUGUGACACACAAGAGCACGAUGGCGCACUGCCUGGCGCUGAACGAGACCUUUCUGAAGAAGUCUUUGCAGGCUGCUCUCAAGCGGAUCAGCCCGGGGUGACUCCAUUGCACUUAGCCCUUUCUUCAUUGACAAGAUCCCUGGGCACCUCCGUUGAUAAGUGUGUUUCUUACGGAGAUAUGAAACAGGACUCGAGGCAUUUGUUUAAAUCGAUGACAAGGUUGUGUUAAUAUGCAGCUUACAGCUUUCUCAUCAGAAGUGAAGUUUACCACAGCUCUAUACCACUCCAGCCAACAUACUGUAGUGCAUCAGUGUGCUGACAGAGUGGAUCCUCUCUGCUUAUUCAAGAAAUAAGAACUGAACAAGGACUGGACAACUGCAGUGGAGCCUGAGGACAGCAAGCAGGGUUUAUUGCGGUUUUCAGAAGAGCACUUUUUCAUUUUGUAACCUGUAAAAAAUAAAGGUAAAAUUGUGUAUUAAAAUGUUUUGAUUUUAUUUGUUGUGUUUGUGGAAUUAUCUAGGAAAGAUUUCCGGAUGACAAAGUAAUAUUGUAC